AUGGAGGCUCCCGCUCAGGCGAUGGCCGAGCUCGAGCUCCCCGACGACGAGAAGGAGCUGUCGCACGUCGCGGAGAGAGACGAGGUGGACGCGAUAAUCGCGCGCGUCGUCGAGACGGGCGGCGCGUGCGAUCGCGCGGACUUCCAUCGCGUCCGAGUCGUCGUCGAGCGGUACCAAGAGCAGUCGAGCCUGCUGGACCCGCACUUGGAGAGCUGGAUCGCUCCGCUCGCGGGCGUGAUUCGCGACCAGGCGCACCUCGGCGAGGACGCGGACAUGGCGCUCGUGCAGCGAGUGAGCAAGGUGCUCCACGCGUUCGCGACCGUCCGAGGGCACAAGACGGUGGUUCGCUUCUUCCCGCACGAGGCGAAGGACCUCGAGCCCGCGGUCGCGCUCCUGACGCGAUCGCACGGCGCGGACGCGCUGCGGCCGAGAGAUGGGAGACCGCCGCUCGGCGCGGAGGAGAUCGAGGAGCUCGGGAGCGCGUGGGAGACGCGCGCGACGAUCAUCCUGUGGCUCUGCAUCUUAGGCGCGUUCUAUCUCACACUGGGUCCCUCGCUUUCAAUCCCGACACACCUCGACGCCUUUCAACUCCAUCUGACGCCUAUGAACUCCACCCCGACAUCGCUUCGUAUGGAACGACCCUCAGUGCUCAUCCCGUUCGACCUCGUGACGGUGGACUCGAAGGUGACCACCUCCGCGGACGGGAACGACGGCGCCGCGAUCGCGGCCGCGGGCGGCGGCGACGCGGAAGCGCCCCCGGUCGUCAUGCACAUGCUCGAGCUGUGCCAGAAGCGCUAUUUAUCCGACCCCGGCAUCGUCCGCGACCGCGCCGCGUUUUUGUUAUCGAAGCUGUUGACGCGGCCGGACAUGCCGAACGCGUUGCGCGGGUUCUUGACGUUCGCGACGGACGCGCUCGCGCGCGCGAGCCGGCCGAAAGAUCACACGCGCGGCGCGGAUGUCAUGACAACGGACGAGACCACGGGGGAGCCGCUGACCGCGCUCGAGCUCGCGGCGAGAGAGCAGGAGGCGACAGCGCUCGCGGCGAUUUUCAAACUCGGCACCAGAGCCGCGCUGCUCGAGGUGGCGGAGAGGUCGUGGAGAGACGCGCGGGACUUGGCCGCGUCCGACAGCGCGCGCGGGUCCGCGCUCGUGCGCCAGCUCGCGUGCAAGCUCACGCAGCGGAUCGGGCUGCUGUUCUUGAAGCCGCGGGUCGUGACGUGGAGGUACCAACGCGGCGCGCGGUCGCUGGAGGAUAACUUAGCCGCGGGCGGCGCGGCGGUCGCGGCGGUAAACACCCCAAGUGUAACACCCCAACCUGAGGACGAAGAGGACGAUUGGGACAUCCCCGACGGCGUCGAGGAAGUCAUCGAGGCGCUGCUCGUCGCGUUGCGGGAUAAGGAUACCGUCGUGCGGUGGUCCGCGGCGAAAGGGUUGGGCCGCGUCACCGCGAGACUCCCCGCGGAGCUCGGCGACGACGUCGUCAUGUCCGUCCUCGAGUGCUUCGAGCCCACGGAGAGCGACGCGACGUGGCACGGCGCCUGCCUCGCGCUCGCGGAGUUAUCCCGACGCGGGCUUCUCCUCCCCGCGCGCCUCCCCGACGCGGUCCCGCACGUCGCGACGGCGUUGUCGUACGACGUGCGAAGAGGCCCGCACUCCGUCGGCGCGCACGUGAGAGACGCCGCGGCGUACGUGUGCUGGGCGUUCGCGCGAGCGUACGCGCCCGAGGUGCUGACGCCGCACGCGCCCGCGCUCGGGCCGCCGCUGCUCGUGACCGCGUGUUUCGACAGGGAGGUGAACUGUCGCAGAGCCGCGAGCGCGGCGUUUCAGGAGUGCGUCGGACGCCUCGGCGCGUUUCCGCACGGCAUCGACGUCGUCGCCGCGGCGGAUUACUUCGCGCUGGGGACGCGGACGAACGCGUACUGCGUCGUGAGCGACUUCAUCGCCGGGUUCGACGAGUACCGCGGCGCGCUGUUACAGCACCUGUGCGACGUGAAGCUGUCGCACUGGGAGCGCGCGACGAGGGAGCUCGCGGGCAGGGCGCUGUCCGUCGUCGGCGCGCGCGACCCGGAGUGGAUAAAAACCGUCGCGUUGCCGACGUUACUCAAGCGCGCCGUCUCGCCCGCGCUGGAGGCGCGGCACGGCGCGACGAUCGGCGCCGCGGAGGCGCUGCUCGCGCUCCAGAACGCGCGCGAGCCGUGCGUUACCGGCGCGCUCGCGGAGGAGGUGGUGACGCUCGUCGCGGCGAUCGAGAAAGCGCGGCUGUACCGCGGCAAGGGCGGAGAGAUCAUGCGCGCGGCGGCGUGUCGGUACGUCUCGUGCCUCGCGCGCGUGGGUCAGCCGCUCGACAAGGGCCCCGGCCCGCCGACCGGGCCGAAGAGUCUGCGGAGCGCGCUGUUGGCCUCCGUGGAGGACAGCCUGAAGCACCCGAGCUCGGACAUUCGAGACGCCGCGGUGGACGCGAUCGGCGCGUUCGCCGACGCGUACAUGCGCGGCGGCGGCGGCGUCGCCGGCGCGAAGCGACUCGUCGUGAAGUUGGCGUCGUCGCUGCACACGUUCGGCGAGGGUGGGGGCGCGCCCACGCGCGACGCGAACCCGGCCGCGCGACGCGGCGCCGCGCUCGCGCUGGGGGUGAUGCCCGCGGAGCUGUUGCUCGCGGAGGUGCCCGAGCCCGGCGGGGCGUUCGUCCCCGCGUCGGACGCGGCGAAAGCGUUCGCGUCCGAGUCCGGGGCCGGGGGAGAGGACGGAGAAGAAGCGCCCGCGCCGCCGCCGCCGCCGAAGACGACGCCGGCGUGGCGGCUCGCGGUCGACGCGCUCGCGGCGUCGACGAUCCCCGAGGAGGACGCCGAGGCGCGCGACGCCGAGGCGCGGACGUGCGCGGUUCGCGGCCUGGCCGGGGUCGUCCGCGCGCUCUCUUCGAGCGGCGACGCGGACGCUGAGGCCGCGGCUUCGGUCGCCGCGAGAGAGACGAUCGAGACGUUCCUGACGUGCCUCGAGGAUUACUGCGUGGACAACCGCGGCGACGUCGGGUCGUGGGUGCGCGAGGCUGCGAUGGAGGCGCUGCCGGGGGUGCUCGCCGCCGCGCAACGCGGCGGCGGCGUCGACGCGACCGUCUCCGCCGCGAUCGUCUCCGCGCUCUUGAAACAGUCGAGCGAGAAGAUCGACCGCGUCCGCGCGGCCGCGGCCGCGUGCGCGUGCGCGGCGCUGCGCGGGCGCGACGCGAUCGGUCUGAGACCGCUGGCGGACGUCCCGGGCGUCGCCGCGGUGCUCCGCGCGACGACCGAGACGGAAGCCGGCGCGGCGGCGUGGGCGGUUCCGACCGUCGCGUUUCCCGCGCUCGUCGGGUUGAUCACCGCGGACGACGACGCGGGCGUGGGGGACGGGGGGGACGGGGGGGGCGGGGACGGGGACGCCGCGGGGCUCGCGACGUACCGCGCGUCGCUCGUGGAGGGCAUCGUCGUCUCCGCCGGCGGCGUCGGCGAUAGCCUUGGUAAAGCCGCCGGCGGCGCGUUGACGCGUGCGCUGAAAGCCGACGUCGCGCUGCAGCGCGUCGUGACGUCCGAGCUCGUGGCGCUGCUGCGUCGACGGAAGGGCGUCGACCGCGUCGUGGUCCCGCUCUUGCGCGUCAUCGACGUGCUGUUCUCCUCCGGCGCGCUGAACGACGUCGCGCCCGCGUUUCCGUCGGCGCCGGACGCGUUCGCGUUGCCUCUCGCCGACGCGUUGCGCGCGGAGACGAAGGGCUCGAGGGACGUCGCGAAGCUGUGUCUGUGCGUCGCCGCGCUGUGUCAUCUCGCGGGGUGCGGGCCGCCGGGGGACGGCGCGGGGUUGGGAUGCGGCGACGGCGGCGACGACGCGAGAGCGGCGCGCGAAGGCCCGGGACCCGAGGACGCGGCGGACGGCAGCACGGCGCGCGUCAGCGCCACGCUCGGCGUGCUCGCGUUGCUUUUGAACCGGUACCCGCGCGUGCGAAGAACCGCCGCGGAGGCGCUGUACGUCACGCUGUUAGGGUACGAGGACGCGGCGGCGGAGUACGCCGGGCACGACGGCGUGGACUUGGCGGCCGCGAUCGAGGUUUUGGCGGAGACGCGGUGGGACGACGAGCUGCAGAGGGUGAAGCCGCGGAGGAACGAGCUGUACGGGUUUCUUCGGUUGACGCCGCCGGCGAGCGCGGCGAAAGCGGCCAAGGCGCCGGCGACGAAAGCGAGAGAGGCGGACGAGAACGAGAGCUACGCGGCUUUGGUCGGGAGCGCGGGGUAUUGA